AUGCAAACUAUUCUUGGGGAAAGCUUGCAAAUCAAUAUGUUUUUCCACACUGAGCCUCCAAAUAACGAGCCUCAGCCUAUUAUUAUGCAAUCAAGUUCUAGUUAUGAUUCAUUUAGAUCGGUAGAUCCGUCCCAUGAAGAGGUGUUAGACAGUAAUUUAAAUGCCGAUGUUGAGAUUGGUACAAACGAAAAUUCUAAUAUAGACCAUACAUUGACUGAUUUUCCCUUUAAUGUUGCCCAAGAUAAAUCACCCGGAAAAGAUUCUACUGUUGAGUUAGGAUAUACAUUAUCACUGCAUGACAUUCCCUACAGUUGUUUCACUAAGUGGCAAGUUUUCACUAUUUUCUUCAUUGUAAUAUUUAUAGGAUUUUUGGGACCAAUGUCAGGUAAUAUUUAUAUACCUGCAUUGCCACUAUUACAAGAGGAAUUCAAAGUAUCAACAACAGUGAUAAAUAGUACAGUCUCCGUUUUUAUGGGUGUCUUUGCUAUUGGCCCUCUUUUCUGGGGUGCCUUUGCUGACCUUGGGGGAAGAAAAAUAUUAUAUAUGAUCUCAAUUCUGAUAAUGGUUAUUGUUAACAUCCUCCUUGCAUCGAUGCCAACAAAUAUUGUUUCGUUAUAUAUAUUAAGGGUGGCCCAAGCGUUUGGUUCUAGUUCUGUGAUGAGUUUAGGAGCAGGUACCGUAACAGACUUGACAAAACCAACUCACCGUGGUAAAGCAAUUGCCUACUUUAUGUUGGGUCCAAAUCUUGGUCCAAUUGUUGCUCCAAUCAUUGCAGGUCUGAUUCUGAUGCAUGGGGAACAUUGGAGGUGGUUAUUUGGAUUUACAGCUAUAAUGGCUGGUACUGCAUUAAUAAUGGUUAUUGUUGUUCUACCGGAAACAUUAAGGUGCAAAGUUGGUAAUGGUGAUCCAGGUUGGAAAGAUUUUAGAGGAAUUAACGACAUUCAAUCAGGAGAUGAUGCAAAUCCGGCGGUUAACCCACAAAAAAAGAAAUGGAGGUUUUUCGCAGAUAUAGGUAAGUUUAAACCAGUAUCUAAUUGUGUUGACUUUAAGGAGUUAUAUCCCAGUCCACCUAGAUUUAAUUUGAAAUUAUACUGGAAACUUCUCCUAGUGUUACCAGUAUCUCUGACCUCGAUAGCUACAGCAUUACUUUUCGCUAAUUAUUACGCAUUCAGUGUCACUUUAUCUCAUUAUCUGAAAGAUAAUUAUAAUAUGACAAUUCUUCAGAUCGGUGCUUGCUAUGUAUGUCCUGGCGUAUCAAUGGUAUUAGGUUCACAGAUAGGUGGACAUCUUUCUGAUCAUUUGAGAAAUAGAUGGUUAAGGAAGCACGAAGGUAAGCAAUAUCCGUUGGAAUUGAGACUUGUAUUGCAAAUUCCCGGAAUUUUAAUUAAUACAUUAGGUUGUAUUGGUUACGGAUGGGCAAUUCAAAAACAUUACCCAUUGGCUGUUGUACUUGUAUUUUCUGGUCUCAAUGCAUUUGGUUUGACGUGGUGUAGUAACACGACAAUGACAUAUUUAACAGAACUACUGUCGCGAAGAGCAGCAGGGGCUGUUGCCUUGAGUAGUUUGUUUAGAAAUAUAGCUGCUACAAUAAGUUCUGCCCUGAUUAUAAAAUUUACUCAACUAAUUGGAAUCGGAAUGUCCUUUACUGUGCUAGGACUAUGUAAUAUUAUCUCACUUGUCUUUAAUUGUUACAUCAUAAGGUACAGUGGGAUCUGGCAAAAUAAGGUCAAACAUAUUUGA